GAACUCCCAUCUCUUUCAACCAACCCCUCUCUGUCUCUGUAUCUGUCUCUCUCUUACUCUGUUUCUUCGUUUACUGUGCUCUCUUCUUUGCACGCCUCCUCUCCAUUUCAUCUACAAUCCUUUUGCGUGCCUAAUGCUCUAUUUCCCUUUUGCUCUGCCUUGGAAUCUCUCCUCUUUCUCUCCCAUCCCAUGUCCUUUCUCUUUCCUUCUCCCUUUUAUGACUCACAAAAUACAUAAUUCACAAAAACAGAGGUUGUAUCAGUGGGAACAGAGCAUUUGAGGGAACAGAAAACCAUUUGGACUUUGGGACUUUUGGACUUGAGUCACAGGAGGAGCAAAGCAGUGGAUUUUCAUUCUUCAAGGGAAUCAAAAGGAACUGAUCUUUUGCUUUGCUCUCUGUUACUGUUUUGCUGUUGCUGUUGUUGUUGUUGUUCUUGUUGUUUUUGGAUGACUCUUGUUUUUUUCCCAGCCUUUGGUUCAAGCAAAAGUUAAAGCCUUGCCAGCUUGUUAGCAUUGUUUUGAGCUCAAAGAAAGAUGGAAGAAGAGUUGAAGCCUAAGCUUUUGGAUUUGAUACCAAAAGAGAGGGAGUGGAUAGUUACUAGAGGUGUGAGAGUGAAUGGACUUGGUGAUGAAGUUGAGAAGAGGCUAGAGCUCAGGCUUGGCCUUCCUGGAGGUGAAGAAGCAGCCUCUGCUCUAACUCUUGCCUACUUCUCAACUCCACCUAAUAAUAACAACAACAACAUCAUGCCAAACUCUUGUGCUGGAACUGCAGGAAGAUUCAUGACUAUAGUUCAAUCAAAACCAGAAGGAUUAUUAAAUGGAAAGGAAGAACAGCAGCAGCAGCAGCAGCAGCAGCAGCAGCAGAAACAAGAGAAGAAGCCUACUUUUUCAUCUGCUGUUUCUGGGAAUGCAAACAGUUCACAGACUAGAACUAGUAAUGUUCCGAUAGUAGGCUGGCCUCCAAUCCGGUCUUUCCGAAAAAAACUUGCUAGCACCUCAAAACCAUCUAUCGAACAACAAAACGACGGAACCGAGGAUGUAAACAAGAUUGAAACCAGCAAGAAAGGCUUGUUUGUGAAGAUCAACAUGGAUGGAAUUCCAAUUGGAAGAAAAGUGGACUUGAAUGCUUAUGAUAACUAUGAAGAACUCUCUUUAGCUGUAGACAACCUUUUCAGAGGUCUUCUUUCUGCACAAAGAGAUCUGAAAACAGUGGAAGAGAAACUAGUGCUAACUGGUUUUAUUAGAGGAGUCAGUGAAUACACACUAGUUUGCUAGAAGACACUGGAAGGAGAUAGGAUGCUUGUUGGUGAUGAUGUUCCAUGGAACAUGUUUGUAUCAACAGCAAAACGGUUGAGAGUUCUAAAGACAUCUGAUCUAUCUGGAUUAUCAUUGGGAGUUAUGAGCAGGAAAAGAACAGCACCUGAAAGCUGCACAAGAUGAGAAGAACACUUUGCUGCUGCUGCUGCUGCUGCUGUUGUUAUUGUUGUGGUUGUUGUUUAUUAUGUCUAACACUUUGUUGUUGUGAGUUUAAAAUCUUGAGCUCUUUAUAUCUUGUUUCUGAGGGGUUGUUAGUGAGGGAAGGGAACAUCAGAUCAGCAUGUAAAUUUGCAAGCAAAUAGAUUAAUGUUCAAAUCCAGGAUUCUAGCAAGCAUUAUCCAGCAUCAGAUCCCUUUUGAUUUGUUUUAUGUCUCUAAAGAAGCAUAAAUUUGUACUUUUUUAAGUGAUCAAUCCUGUUUGUGCAUGUGAGAUGGUUCUUCA